GCCGCUUUAAGGGCAAGACUGACCCAGGGAGCCGGCCACUUGUGCUUCUUUAUUGUCUAAGGCGCAUGCGCCCGUGGGGGGAAAGCGCAGCCUCUUUCCCGUUUCCAGAGGACUGAGUAGCGCCGCUCGCUACGCUUGGCAGAGCCGUUACGUCACUUGGGUCUGAAGAGCUUCUUGUCCCCCCCCCUUGUCCCUGUCGCGUGUGUGACUGGUCGCUCUUCCCCCUCUCUCUCUGUCUCUGCUUGUUUUUCCUAACAUGGCGGCGGCCGGCGACGAGCAGUUCCCAUUCCAAGGACUUCUGCCCAAGAAGGAAACCGGCGCUGCCUCCUUCCUCACCCGUUAUCCAGAAUAUGACGGAAGGGGAGUCUUAUUGGCCAUCUUAGACACAGGGGUGGACCCCGGAGCGCCGGGCAUGCAGGUUACCACUGAUGGGAAACCCAAGAUAAUUGAUAUAAUAGAUACAACCGGAAGUGGUGAUGUAAAUACCUCAACUGUUUUAGAACCGAAAGAUGGCGAAAUCAUUGGCCUUUCAGGAAGAACUCUGAAGAUCCCAACAGACUGGAUAAACCCAUCAGGGAAGUAUCAUGUUGGUUUAAAAAACGGCUAUGAUUUCUAUCCGAAAGCCCUUAAGGAGCGAAUACAGAAAGAACGCAAGGAGAAGCUUUGGGAUCCUGUUCACAGACUGGUGUUAGCAGAAGCCUGUAGGAAGCAAGAGGAGUUUGAAGCCGCUCACAACUCACCUUCACAGGAAAGCAAACUAAUGAAGGAAGAGCUGCAGAGUCAAGUGGAGUUGUUGAAUUCUUUCGAGAAAAAGUACAAUGAUCCGGGUCCUGUUUAUGACUGCUUGGUGUGGCAUGAUGGCGAAACCUGGAGAGCAUGUCUAGAUUCAAGUGAAUCUGGUGACCUCUCCAAUUGCACUAUUUUACGGAACUACAAAGAAAGUCAGGAAUAUGGAUCUUUUGGCACUUCUGAGAUGCUGAAUUACUCUGUCAAUAUUUAUGAUGAAGGGAACCUCCUCUCAAUCGUCACCAGUGGGGGCGCACACGGAACACAUGUUGCUAGUAUUGCUGCUGGCAAUUUUCCUGAUGACCCAGAACGAAAUGGGGUUGCACCUGGUGCACAAAUUCUUGCUAUCAAGAUCGGUGACACGAGACUAAGCACAAUGGAGACGGGCACUGGCCUCAUAAGAGCUAUGAUAGAAGCAAUAAAAUACAAGUGUGACCUUGUGAACUACAGUUACGGAGAGGCAACACACUGGCCAAAUGCUGGGAGAAUAUGUGAAGUAAUUAAUGAAGCCGUGUGGAAACACAACGUAAUCUAUGUUUCAAGUGCUGGGAACAAUGGGCCUUGCUUAUCUACUGUUGGAUGCCCGGGUGGGACUACAUCUAGUGUCAUAGGUGUUGGUGCUUACGUGUCACCUGAAAUGAUGGUUGCUGAAUACUCAUUGCGAGAGAAGCUACCUGCAAAUCAGUACACAUGGUCAUCUCGAGGACCUAGUACGGAUGGAGCUGUGGGAGUGAGUAUCAGUGCUCCCGGAGGGGCUAUUGCCUCUGUUCCUAACUGGACUUUACGAGGAACACAGCUCAUGAACGGCACAUCGAUGUCUUCGCCCAAUGCAUGUGGGGGUAUUGCUUUGGUACUCUCAGGGCUCAAAGCUAAUGAUGUGCGUUACACUGUUCAUUCAGUCAGGAGAGCACUAGAAAAUACUGCAGUGAAGGUGGAAAACAUACAUGUGUUUGCUCAAGGUCAUGGUAUUAUUCAGGUUGAUAAAGCCUAUGACUACCUCAUUCAGAAUUCAUCAUUUGCUAACAACAUAGGUUUCACAGUUACUGUUGGCAACAACCGCGGAAUUUACCUCAGAGAUCCUGCACAGGUUACUGCACCUUCAGACCAUGGAGUUGGCAUAGAGCCAUUCUUUCCUGAGAAUACAGAAAAUACUGAAAGGAUAUCUCUCCAGCUUCAUUUAGCUUUAACUUCAAGUGCACCCUGGGUUCAGUGUCCUGCUCACCUGGAGCUCAUGAAUCAGUGUCGACAUAUUAACAUCCGUGUUGACCCACGUGGUCUGCGCGAAGGAGUUCAUUAUACAGAGGUGUGUGGUUAUGAAAUAUCAAUGCCUAAUGCAGGUCCUUUGUUCAGAGUUCCAAUAACUGUUGUUAUACCAGGAAGAACAAAUGAAGCUUCACACUACGAACUGAAAUUUACUGAUGUUCAUUUUAAACCUGGUCAGAUUCAAAGACACUUUAUUGAGGUUCCUGCUGGAGCAACAUGGGCUGAAGUGACUGUGUGUUCAUCGUCCCCUGACGUGACUGCCAAGUUUGUUCUCCAUGCCGUUCAGCUGGUAAAACAAAAGGCAUACCGGAGCCAUGAGUUCUACAAAUUCUCUUCUGUACCAGAAAAGGGAUCAGUUACCGAAGCAUUUCCUGUCUUAGGUGAAAAGACUAUUGAAUUUUGCAUUGCCCGUUGGUGGGCAAGCCUCCACGAUGUCAGCAUUGACUACACCGUUUCUUUCCGUGGCAUAGUUUGCACUCCUUCUCAGCUGAACAUUCAUGCUUCAGAAGGCAUAGUCCGCUUCGAUAUUCAGUCAGCAUUGAAGUAUGAAGACAUUGCUCCUAGCAUAAGUCUCAAAAGUUGGGUUCAAACCUAAGGUACAGUCACUGUGUUGCUGAAUUACAGACCACUGAGUGCAAAAAUAAAACCAUUAGGACCCCGAGAUGUUCUGCCAAAUAAUCGACAAUUAUAUGAGAUGAUUUUGACAUACAACUUUCAUCAACCAAAGAGUGGGGAAGUUACUCCAAGCUGUCCCUUGCUUUGUGAACUCUUGUAUGAAUCAGAAUUUGACAGCCAGCUAUGGAUGAUCUUUGACCAAAAUAAAAGGCACAUGGGGUCAGGAGAUGCCUAUCCACACCAGUAUUCUAUGAAGCUGGAGAAGGGAGACUAUACUGUUCGGCUACAGAUCCGUCAUGAGCAGAGCAGUGAACUGGAUCGUAUCAAAGACCUUCCAUUUAUUAUCUCCCACAGACUGUCUAGUGCCCUGAGUUUAGAUAUUUGCGAAAACCACAGCCAGGCUCUCUUAGGGAAAAAGAAAACAAAUAGUCUGUGCCUGCCUCCAAAGCACAACCAGCCUUUCUUUGUUACAUCUUUGCUAGAUGACAAAAUACCUAAAGGAGCAGGCCCAGGAUGUUACCUAGCAGGGUCGUUGACACUUUCAAAGACAGAGCUUGGAAAGAAAGCGGACAUCGUUUCAGUUCAUUAUCAUCUGAUCCCGUCACCGAUAAAAAAUAAGAACGGCAGCAAGGAAAAGGAGAAGGAGCCAGAAAAAGAAAAAGACGCAAAGGACGAAUUUGCUGAAGCUUUAAGGGACCUGAAGAUUCAGUGGAUGACUAAGCUCGAUACCAGUGACAUAUAUAAUGAAUUGAAAGAGGCCUUUCCUAAUCAUCUUCCUCUGUAUGUCGCAAGACUUCAUCAAUUGGAUUCUGAAAAGGAACGAAUGAAAAGACUGCCUGAAAUUAUUGAGGCUGCCAAUACAGUUAUCUCGCAUAUUGAUCAAACAGCGCUCGCAAUUUAUCUUGCUAUGAAGACUGAUCCUCGGCCUGAUGCUGCUACUAUAAAAAAUGAGAUGGACAAGCAGAAAUCUACACUGGUAGAUGCUCUCUGUCGGAAAGGAAGCGCAUUGGCUGACCAGCUCCUGCAGUUGCAGGCCCAAGAAGGGGCUGUAUCGAGCGAUACAGAAAGUAAAGACGACACCCAGGAGAGUUGUUCGGAUGCUCUGAUGGAAACUUUCUGGGAAACAACAAAAUGGACCGACUUGUUGGAUACCAAGGUUUUGCCUUUUGCAUACAAACAUGCGCUGGUAAAUAAAAUGUAUGGGAGGGGCCUCAAAUUUGCCACAAAACUCGCUGAGGAGAAACCAACCAAAGACAACCUGAAGAACUGUAUCCAGCUAAUGAAGUCACUUGGAUGGACUCACUGUGCAUCUUUCUCUGAAAACUGGCUUCCUGUCAUGUAUCCACCUGACUAUUGUGUGUUUUGAAAUAACCUGCAGUUGUAAAUCAGAGGUGCUCACCUUGACCGGAUAUAACGAUACAUGAUGAUCUUACUGGAAUGCAUGUUUUCAUCCAUUUAUUGAAUGCUUAAAUUGUGUGUAUUACUCAACGGACAAAGGAUCGCAAUAUACGUGUGCGCUAUCUUGACCCCUGAUGACAGGGAGCCUUUUUAGACUUUGACGCAUCAUUUCUUGGGGUUACCCUAGAACUGAAAACAUGCCAACCAAAACCUUUUGCGUACGUCACAUUGCUGGCAAUGGAUGUUUUCGUAUGGCCAGUGCAAAAGAUUACGAAAUGAAGAUGAGUUUCUUGCAUGUGUAUGUGGUUCUUAACUGUUUGUAUUUUUAACCACAAGCCUGUACAAGCUGUUCUUUUUACAGUGAGCAGUGGGGUUUUAACACGUUUAAACAUAAAUUUUCAAUUGUAUGAAGGCCUUAAAAAAAGCUACAUCAACAGUAGCUAAAACCUUAUUUAUUAGACUUAACAGUAAUGAAACUUAUCAUUUGCAAGAGUUUACAAUUUGAAUUUUUUAAACAGCAAAACCUUUCAAAUUCACAACAAGUGUAUUCUGAAUUGCUGAUGCAAAGGUGCUCUUGAAUAUCUUCAAGCUGGAGAUAUACUCAAAUAUAUCCAUGUGAAGCAGUGUCAGGAUAAACUGAUACAUGUGUAUAAAGUGUCAGACAGUUAACACUUAAUCAGGUAUUGUAAACUUAUACAUAUAUAUAUAUGUUUAAUAAUGUUGGGAGAAAUGUAAAACUACAGAAUAAACGUGCAAAUUCCAAGAUCUAAAACUUUCACACUCGUAUUUCAUUUAAAACAAACAAAGAUUGUUUUAAAGUAAAACAAUAAAGGUGAGGCCUGAUUUUUCAGAGUAUUUUAGGGAGACAUUACAAGUUCAUUGUUAAUUUUAUAGCAAAUGGAUUGAAGGCAGAAGGGUCCCCCCCCCUCCCAGAGUAGAGCUCUGCUUUGUUUCUGAAGCCACCCAAAACACUGCUUCUGAGGAUUGGGGGGGGGGAGACCUUAGAGACCAGUAAAGGAUAAAGAAUGGGAGGCUGCCAGAUCAAGAGGGGAAAUUCCCAUGGAAACCUCCUCCCUCCCCUCUGGGAGAAUGCAAAGGGCGCAGUUGCAUUCAACCCUGCAUCUAGCAGCAUAUUUGACUCCAUGGAGAUAAGGUACAAAUCAAUGUUUUUAGUGGUGCUGCAAACAAUAGGGGAUCAGUGUACAUUUUAUACACCAGGGUGGUUAAUGAGGUCUGUUAACUAGUCAGUGGUGACUUGAGACUUGAGCAGUCACUAAUGGUAAGACACUGUGGUCUUGUGUUCUGUUUCUCACACUUGCAUCCCACUCUGACACCCCUGAGUAUAUACGUACUGUUCACUUCAACAGCAGCAGGUUGGUUAUUUGGUAGUAACUAUAAAAAGAGUAGUGCCCCGUUAUCUGCAGUUAGAUUGUCCUUGCAUUUUGAAACCAUGACACACACACACAUGUUUUGGCAUUACCCACAUCUCUAUACUUCAGCCAAUUUGGAUUAGUGUCUUUGUGCCUUCAUAUGGCAUCAUUAUAUAGAGUAAAAAUAGGCCUCUCCUUUCCAGUCUUUCUUUAGCAACAACGGAUGGUUGGAACAAGUUCAGUCCAAGGCUUAUAGCUCAACACAAACACCCAGGCAAUGUUGUUAAUGGAAGGAUGCAGUUGGGUAGCAUGUGUGCCUACUAGGAAGUAGUGGCAGCUACAAGCAUAGUCAGCUUCAAGAGGGGAUUGGAUGAACAUGGGUCGAGGGCCAUCAGUGGCUAUUAGCCACAAGGUAUAAAGGGAACACUAUAUUGGGGACAGUGAUGUUCCAUAUUUUUGGUGCUUGGGGAGCAACAGUGGGAGGGCUUCUGGAGUUCUGGCCCUGCUGGUGGACCU